AUGACAAGCAAGAGGGAUGUCCAAUUUGUGAAGUCAACUGGCCCCAUCAAAGUAGAAACGAGAAGGAAGAAGAGAAGAACCGAGAGAAUUGCUAAGCACAAGAAUAUAAUGAGAGUUCCAUACAAUGCACCAACUACAGCGAGAAUCAAUGUCAAUAAUGAAAAAGAUUCAUCUCAUGACUAUCAGAUCAAAGAAAUACUCACAAGUGCCAGUAACAGAAUAAAGUUCCAUGGAAAGCAACUGCGAGCAAGAUUAGAACAUGACAAAACCAAGCAGAGGCAUAGAAAAAAUGUAACUCCGAUGAAUGCAAGCCAGUUACUAAGAGAACUUUUUACAUCGUUUGUUAUGCAACCUUUGCUCAUUUUUGUAAAGAACAUUAGAACAUUAGCAAAUGAGAAGAAAAUUCUGCAACAAAUGAACAAAAGUUUGAGUUAUUUAUAA